AAGAAAAGUAGCUCUACGUCAUCACUGGGCGUCCACAACAUCACUGUUAGGUCUCCACAUUUCACACUUUCUGCCAGAACACCAAGACAUUUUCCUUGCAACCUCCAUGGUGUAAGGUCCAAGCUAUGUUGGCGAACACAGAGGACAGGAUGUCACAGAAAGGGGGGGUCACAAAGAGGAGACACACAGGUGAAGAUGAAGAAGGAGGAGAGAAGAAGAGGAGGGGAGGUGCGAAAGGAGAACAGGGAGACGGCGGCAGGAAGCUUCUAGACGCCCUGAGUGUGGGCUACUUCCGCCGAGUCGGGGAAAGACUCGGAGAAGGCUUUGCAGACAGCGAGGAGAGAGAGAUGUUUGUGGAGAACGUGCUCACAGAGGUGAAAGGGAAAGCUGCUGUGGUGGCGAUGGACCGUACAGGAAGCUUCACCCUGCAGCGGCUGCUCCCGCUCUGCAAGCCCGACCAGGUGGCCGAGGUGCUGGCCGAACUGGGCGGAGAGUCCGGAUCGGAGCUAAAGGCGGUGUCAUGUGACCAGUGUGGCGGCCACGUGGUGGAGAGUGCAGUCCGACAGAUAUCCAGUAAGAGCUGUCAUUUCCGAUCUGUAGUGGAACAAAGCUUUGUAGCCACCAGGAAACAUGGUACAAGUUGAGAUGAAGAAACACAGCUCCACGUGUCUCCUGAUGACCCGGGCUCAGUUUAACUGUGUAGUAGACGGACAGGAAGCCAGUGUAAAGUUUUGAAGUGAUGCAAUCCACUUUCUUAGUGUUAGUGAGGACUCAAGCACCAUCGUUCUCUAACUUAUGAACUCUCAGGUCUUCUGCUACUGGCCUUGUAAUCAUGGCUAAAGUUAAAACAAGGUCUGUAUACUACCUGGGAAAGGAGGGGUGGUUAGUAUUGUCUUUUUUAUUUGAUCAAUUUUGUAUCAGCUUCAGUGUUUCCCCUAGGAUGGAG